UUCAAAACAAACUGUUAUCACGGUUCAUUCCAUAAAAAAUGCAUAGUUUGAAAGAAAUUGAUUUUUUUGGUGUAGGUAUGCUUUUUUUUCUUAAAUUGCUAACUUCCAAAAUCGUCUUCUUUACAAGUUUAUACAUGUAUACCGACCAAAAAUAUGAAGCUAAACACUUUUUUCUUCAAAACAAACAAUUUGUAGUAUUUUGUACCGUAGGUACACAUUAUACGCAAAACAUUCAGUUAAGUAUUAAAUAUUAAUAAUAUUAUCUUUUACUAUUGCAAUUUAUUGUAUACAAUAUUUUCCCUCCAAUUUAUGCUAAUAUACACAAUUAUAUUUUUUAACUAUACCCAUUAAUGUACCUAUAUUUAUUUGUUGUUUUUUGAUUUUUUUGAGCCAUCUGCUUGUACGUGUUACACCGGCGUUUUGUAUUGGUCAUCUGUGUGUCAGUUAAGUGUCACUGGUUACCUAUCUGGUAUUUGAAUAGUUUUUUCAAGUUAAAAAUAUAUGACUUCAAAGAGCAUCAUCAAGCUUUCGUGCAUCAUAAAUUUUUUUGAUGACAAAAAAAUAUUUUCGAAGGAAGAAAAUUCAUUUGAAUGUGGUUAUGUCAUGAGCUUCAAUUAUAUACCUGAUAUUGGUAUAAUUAGUGGUCAAGUGCAUGCUAGUAUGAAAAAUAAAUUGUACGAUAUUAAGAUAUUCUUCAAAGACAAGAAUAUUGAUCAUGCCAGUUGCACAUGUUCAACAGGUUUGACAAAAUGUCAUCAUAUGGUUUCACUUCUUUUACAUGGGCAUACAAAUAUAUCAGUGACUGAUAGGUACAGCCUGCAGCUGGUCAAAAAAAUGUGCGAAAGAAAAUGAAGAACAAUACUCAAGCAUACUAAUAACAACCAUCUAAAAAACCAAAUUCAAAUUGAAUGAACUUGAACUAGUCCAUUAAAUCUUGAACUUGCUAGUUUUUAAAAAUAUUUUACUGUCAUUAUUGUAAUCUUCUGAAAACAACAUUUAUUUUGGCUGAGUAAGAGCGGGCAGUAUGCUGAACACAUCCUUCACCAAGCACUUUUUUCAGUUCUCGCAUUGCAACACAUGAUUGCCUAACUGGGUGACUGGAGUUUUCUUAGAGAUGAAGUUUUAUCACCAGGAAAAAUGAUUAAUCCAACAUUUAAUGGACUGAUAUGAAGUUGGAUUUAAAAUAACUUACAUUUUUCUCUCUGUUAAUUUACUUUUAAAGUAAAUGAAACCUAAAUUAUCUUUAACGACUUCCUCAUUACGAUGGACACCAGCAAUUAAAGUGUAUGAACUGGGCCGAUCACCAACAGGCCAAAAUUGUAUAUUCUCUUUAGAAAGUAGGACAUAACUGUAAUCUAGAUUGACUCGCUUCAUUCUUUAUUAAAUUAUUAAAUUUAAAACUAAAUUAUAAUUUUUAAUUAAAACGAUUAUUUCGGGUAUUAUCCUAUAUUUUCUUUUCUACGUUGGUAUCACUGCCUACUGAUUCGAGAUAUAAAUUUCUUAUCAUUUUUCUGACAACUUCCCUACUCCGAGACACGUAGAGAUUCUGAGAUUAUAUUAUAAGAUUAUAUCUUAGUCCGUGCAAUAUAUUAUCUUUAAUCGGGAUUGUCAAUAAUAUUUUCAUCGUUUUUCAUCUGCGAGUUGUUAAUAUUGUUAUAGUGAACUCCGGCGAUUCAUCGUUUUAUGGGUACUUAAUCUUAAAUUACUCAAGUGAUCAUUUCGAGUUUUCGUUAACUAACGGGUAGAACAAGUACUCGACUGUACGUUUGAAGCGGACGCCGUCGGGCACCGAAGGAAUGUACCAACUACCCAGCCUGGCGAAAAUGGCGUACUACGCGUGCAACAACAUCGAACGUGGCAAGUUUGACUUGCUGAACACACCGGAUAUCGAUAUGCAAAAUUGUUGCGAAUCCCUGUUCGAAUUAUUCAAAGUCGACAAAAACCAAGACGAGCGCAACGAUAGGCAGACAAUGUUCAGUCGGUCUCGGUUCGACAUCAAUGACGAUAUGUUUAAACACAUAUGCGAGAAAGCAGCGUUCAACGAGCACAUCGAUUGCUUGAUACUAGCACACGAGAUUGGCGUCCCUUGGGACACCGUGCCUGGAUGGACCGGUUUCAGAGGUAAGGCGUGUGAUCUGGCGGCGAAAACGGGCAAUCUAGAAUGUCUAAGGUACGCCUUUGAGAACGGGUGUCCCUGGGACGAGGAUACGUGUAGCAGCGCAGCGUCUAACGGUCACCUGGAGUGCCUCACUUACGCACGGGAAAACGGGUGUCCCUGGAACGAGGAUACGUGCGACAACGCCACGAGGGCUGGUCACGUGGAGUGCCUGAAAUACGCAUGGGUAAACGGGUGCCCUUGGGACGAGAAUACGUGCGAUGAAGCAGCGUGUAAUGGUCACCUGGAGUGCCUGAAAUACGCACGGGAAAACGGGUGCCCCUGGGACGAGGCUACGUGUAGCAACGCCGCGUUGAAUGGUCACCUGGUGUGCCUGGCUUACGCACGGGAAAACGGGUGCCCCUGGGACGAGGCUACGUGUAGCUACGCCGCGUUGAACGGUCACCUGGUGUGCCUGGCUUACGCACGAGAAAACCAAUGCCCGUGGGACGAGUAUACGUGCAACGACGCCGCAGAAAAUGGUCACCUGGAGUGCCUGAAGUACGCACGGGAAAACGGGUGCCCGUGGAAUGAGGGCACGUGCAGAAGUGCAGCAUAUAACGGUCACCUGGAGUGCCUGAAGUACGCACGGGAAAACGGGUGCCCGUGGAAUGAGGGCACGUGCAGAAGUGCAGCAUAUAACGGUCAUCUGGAGUGCCUGAAGUACGCACGGGAAAACGGGUGCCCGUGGACCGAGGACACGUGCAGAAGCGCAGCGCAGAACGGUCACCUGGAGUGCCUAAAGUACGCUCGGGAAAAUGGGUGCCCGUGGAUCGAGGACACGUGCAGAAUCGCAGCACAGUACGGAAACCUGGAGUGCCUGAAGUACGCACGGGAAAACGGGUGCCCGUGGAAUGAUGACACGUGCAACUACGCAGCAAACUGUGAACAUUUUGACUGUCUGGUCUACGCCUACGAGGGAGGGUGCCAUUGGGACAUUAUACAUUUCUUGGAUGUGUCAAGGUACAGCCACUCGAAAUGCGCUGAAUACGCCCGCGAAGUAUGGUCCCGGCAGCGCCGUCAUCUCUUCGACAAUUUAUAGAAUAUCUUUUCACCAAUUUUUUUUUACCCGACGAAAAAAUACUGUUUUUUUAUUAUGAUUUUAUGUUACGAGUUCUUAGCGAUCUUUUUAUAUUAAGCAAAUGUUUGAUAAUUAAUAUACCUAUUUUUUAAGUUUUACAAUAAAUUUUUUUUUUAAAAAUCUA